AUGCCAGAUGCAAAUGAGGUCAAGCCUAAAAAGGGCUGGUCUAAUCCUGCUUUGCGAAUGAUGGGAAUACCAAGAAUAUCUUUACCUUCGAGAAACUGGAUGAUUUUUUGGACAGUAUUGACAACUAUUGGUGGAGGAAUACUCUAUGAUAGGUAUGAACAAAAACAAAUGAGGAAGAAAUGGAUGGAUGCUGUUAAACAUUUUGGUGAAGUGAGUUAUGCUGCUGAUGAGAUACCUCGUAAACUAACCAUUUUCAUUGCCCCUCCACCAAAUGAUUUUUUGGAUGAAUCAUUAAAAUUGUUCAGAAAGUUCAUUAAACCGGUAUUGAACGCAGGUGUUGUUGAUUUUGAGAUUUUCAGUGAAUCCAGACAGGGUGAUAUUAGAUCAUCUGUUGCAGAAAGGAUCAGAGACUUGAGGCGUAAACAGUUGGUUGACGAGACCCCCCAAAAAAACGAAUCAAGUGAAAAGCAAGUUAACGACGAGGAAGAAUUGAAGAGCCGAUCGGAUUUAUACAAAGCAAAAGACGUACUUGGGUUAUAUAAAGUGUUUCCUGCAGAUAUCAACAUCAAAUCAGAAGACUCAAUUGAUGCUUCCUCUGCUGGUGGUAUUAUAUGUGUUGGUAGAGGUGCCUACAAGGAGUACUUAUCUGGUGUUCAUGAAGGAUUAUUAGGUCCACUUGAAAAGCCACAAAGUGUGAUUGAUGAAGAAAUCAAAUUAGCUGAGGAAAAGAAAAAGGAAAAGGAGGAAAAUCCAGAUAAUGAUGGUGAUGAUGAUAAUGAGCAAAGCAAUUUGAAGCCAGUGCCAUUGAGAUUUAUCAAACCUGAAGAAUAUGCUAAUGCACAACUAGCCCCAGAACUCGAUUUGUCAACUGUUGUAAAGGAUGAUAAAGGGGUGCCUGUGUUCUUUGAACAACCAGUGUACACAUUCCCAUUACCGAACCUCGUUGGGUUCAGUAAUAUUCCACGUAAAAUCUAUCGAUACUUUACCAAAAGAUUUCUUGUUCACGACUUUGGAGAGAGGACAGCUACUAUUGUGAAUAAUAAAUCAAGACCAUUUGUAUAUAAGGACGUUUUAAUGGCUAAAGAAGAGGAAAUGGAUUGGCCUAAAAAGUGGGUAGAAAAGGGUAAAGAACGUAAUUCUGAAUGGGUGCAGGAGUUGGAACACGAUGAAAGAGUAACAUCACGAAUGAAGGUGUUUGAAUAA